AUGAGGAGGAUUACUAGUCCUGAAGAACGCAGAAAGGACUAUAACGACGCAACAAAUAAUUAUGAUCUUUCAAGGAAUUUAACGAUAACGUUGCUAAUAGUUACUAUUAAGGGAACAUUAAAUGAAUAUACCCCAGUUUCAAGAUUGAGAGGAUAUAUAACUAAUUUCGAGGAAGCCAUGAAGCUAACGUGGAGAAGUUUCGAAAGUAUAAAAGGUUGUAUAUGA